AUGUAUGUUCUAAAUCUUAACCUUACCAUAAAAAGAUAAUAGCUAUCUCCUUUUAUAAGCAUCACAUUUCUUCACCUUCAAUGUCAAAAGUUUUUCCAAGAAAUUCAUAACUACCUCUUCCGGUCACCGUGAAACCGGGGUUUUACCGGCUUUCGAAAUCACCCAAGACACUUAAAGUGACCAAAUUACCAUUUUGGUGAGGUAACUAACAUGGAAAUGAUGAAUUGGGAGCACAUGAAUUUGCUAAACGAGCUUAUUCAUGGACUAAAAGCGGCAAAGCAGCUUCAGGCUUCGCCUUCGCCAUCUUCAUGUUUGACGACGGAGAUGAAGGAGACUCUCUUACAUAACAUAGUUUCUUCCUUCGAGAAAGCUAUUUUGAUGCUAAACGGAUCCACCACACAAAACAUUCCAAUGACGGAGCUUGCGCCGGAUCUCCUAGCUCAUCCCGGUAGGGUUCCAGAAUCUCCAGCAUCGAUCACCGGAAGUCCGAGAAGCGAAGAGUUUUUCGAUGUGGGAUCGAAAGAUUGCAACCUAAGUUCUAAAAAGAGGAAGAUGUUGCCAAAGUGGACAGAGCAAAUAAGAAUUAGUCCAGAGAGAGGUUUAGAAGGACCUCAUGAUGGUGUCUUCAGCUGGAGAAAAUAUGGCCAAAAAGACAUUUUGGGCGCCAAAUAUCCAAGGAGUUAUUACAGAUGCACAUUUCGUAACACACAGUACUGUUGGGCUACAAAACAAGUCCAAAGAUCGGACGGUGAUCCUACGAUCUUUGAAGUAACAUACAGAGGAAUACACACUUGUUCACAGGGGAUCCCACCUCCAGAGAGAAGAGAAACUAAACCAAACCAUACAGUAGCUGUAAAUUACCAAACUAACCUCCUCGACAAUCUCAGGACCAAUCUCACCGUACGUACCAACGGACUUGAAGCCGACACUUUCUCAUUCCCUGUUACGUCGCCGUUUUACAAUUACGAGUCCAUCAAUGGUGGAACGAUUUGUCACGUGGGAAGCUCUACUCCGUCAGAUUUCACAGGGUUGAUCUCUACUAAUACCUCCACUGGAAGUUCUCCAAUCUUCGACGUUGAUUUCCAUUUUGAUCCAACGGCUGAGAUUAACACAGGCUUCCCGAAUUUUUUACACAAUUCGAUUUAACUAUAGUGAGAGACUAGAGAAAAAUAAAGAUUUUUUAAUUUG